UUGUAGAAGCAUCAGACCAACUUAGCCAUGAAAGCUCCUCUAAACACACUGAGCUACACCCUCUUCGACCUCUUCCUGGUAUCUCAAUCUGUUUUGUCUGUCCAGAAAACCAUGAACCCAAAAAGGCCAUGCAAGCGUUUCAUUCUCUAUUACCAUGACAUCCUCCUCAAUGGAACAGAUACUUCCAACGCAACCUCUGCCGCGGCUACAACUCCAACCAAACUAGGCGACUUUGUGUUCGGCCUGCUUGUGGUUUUUGAUGAUCCAGUGACAAAAAAUCAGAAUCCGCAGUCUCCUCCAGCCGCCCAAGCCCAGGGGUUUUAUUUCUACGACAUGAAAACUACUUACAAUGCCUGGUUUGCGUACACCUUGAUUUUCAACUCUACUGAGCACAAAGGGACUAUAAACAUCAUGGGAGCUGACAUGAUGAUGGAGAAGACAAGGGACCUGUCUGUGGUAGGAGGAACAGGAGACUUUUUCAUGGCUAGAGGGAUUGCAACUUUUGAGACUGAUGCUGUUGAGGGAUUCAAAUAUUUUCGGCUUAAGAUGGAUAUUAAGCUAUAUGAAUGUUACUAGGCACAUCAAUAUUACCUUAAUUAUUACUAAUUAGGUUUGCUAUGAUACUUGCUGCUGUCUUGUUUGCUGGAUCAAAUCCUUUGGUUCUACUAGUUGGGUUUUUGGGUAUCUCAAUAAUAAAAUUCUUGACCCCCC